UAUAUAUCACUAACAUAGAUGUAAAUGAAUAUACAAUUUUCUCAACACCAUACACAAUUCUCUUUCUCUGUUUUCUUUACAUGGUAUCGGAGCUUAGGCUUUCACCCUUCCUGUAAAACAACAUCAACUGCAAAUCAUUAUUCCACCUUGCCUCCGCACUCAUGGCAAAGACCGACAACAAUGACCCAGAAAAAUCUGAGAUAACCAAGAUGCAAAACCAUUGGCACGAUGAUCCAAGUGAUCCUCUCUAUCUUCACCACUCGGACCAACCUGGUCUUAUCCUGGUGACCCAAUCGCUGAAUCAAGAGAACUAUCCUCUUUGGAGUCAUGCCAUGCUCAUGGCCCUUAUUGCCAAGAACAAAGACGGUUUCAUCGAUGGAACCGUGACCAAACCUGUCACAGGAUCCACGGCAGAGGUAAAGCAAUGGACUCGUUGUGAUCUUCUUGUCAAAGGAUGGAUCCUCAACACAGUAACCCCUGCAAUCGGACAAAGCGUCAUGUACAAUGAUAGUGCUCUUGCCGUCUGGAAUGAACUAAAGGAACUACUCUCUACCACCAACAGUGUGUACCUUUUUCACAUUGAGCAGGAAAUCCAUGAUUGCUUGCAAGGCAACAUGACCAUUGGUGAAUACUACACCAAGCUCAAAAGUCUCUGGGACAAACGAGAUGCACUUUGUCCUCUACCACCUUGUAGUGGGGAUAUUGCCAAGACUCUACAUCAAUACCAACAGACACAACGUACCAUCAAGUUCCUUAUGGGACUCAAUGAGGUUUAUGCAGCAGCACGUGGUCAAAUUCUUCUCAUGGAUCCACUACCUCCUGCUAACAAAGUGUUCUCUCUUGUCAAUCAAGACGAAAAACAACGAGUCAUCUCCUCACAAGGUCUGGGUAAAGCACCAGAGGCAGCAGCUUUCACCGCUAGAGAAAGGUUCAAUCAUACAGGGAAAGCUCCUUUGUCCCACCUCUCCACUAUCCGUUGCCAUCGUUGCCACCUUACUGGUCACUCCACUGAAAACUGUCGGGCACACUUAAAAUGUGACUACUGCGGACACAAAGGUCACACAAUCGAUAUUUGCCGCAAGCUUAAGAGGGCCAACUCUCACGGUGAUAAGAGUAAUCAUUUGAACACAAACUCUCAUUCUCGUUCAAAGGCUUAUCAUGUAAGUUUUCAACCAGACAAUACUGAUAGCACACCACCUUCCUACAACCUCACGGCAGAUCAAUAUCAUGAUCUCCUUGCUCUUAUUGAUCAAAACAAAGUAGGAAACAUGGCUAGUCAAGUGAAUGCGGCAACUACAAUGAGCAACGUUUCAGGACCAACGAUCGGGGGAGAUGAUUGGGAUGGGAACUGAGCGCAAUGGGCUUUAUUACUUGGACGUUGCGAGGAUAUCUGGGUGUUAUUCCGCCUCAACAAUUACACCUUCCA